CACGGGAACACCAGCAGAGGUCGCGAAAACCAAUCUAAACUCUUUUCAACCUCCGUGUCUGUUCCUCUCCUCCCUCUGUCUUCGUCCGUCUCUUCCUCCUUCCGCCGUCGACCUCGAUCUCCGGCGCUCCCUCCUGCGCAAUUCUCUCCGCCCUUCGCUCACCAAGAACAACCAGAGCGAGAAAUUCCGGAGGGAAACAACGAAGGGAAAAAGGGAAAAGGCGCGGGAGGUUAACGAUGAUCACGAGAUCGAAUCUAGCGGAGCAGUUGAGGGAGUACCAGAUUCGAUCCAAGCAUGAUUGGGCCUCCGUUUCCUUCUUCUCCUCCACUUCUAAUAAUUUCAGUCACUCGAGGGUUGAUGUUGUCAUAUUCGUCAUAUGGGAACUCGUUGUUCUAGCCUUCCUGGUCUUCUCGGCCGUAUCUUUAUACUUUAGGCACAUGCGACUCGCCUUCAUCUUAGUCUGCCUCACGUUAAUAUUGGUGCUGUGCAUGAAAGUAACGAAGCAAGUUAGGCUAGCAAGGAAGAAGAAACGAAGAAUGCUUCUGCCUCUAUCCAUGUAAAAGACCUAAACAGAAGUAAUAACUCUUCUUGUUAUGGGAGUUAUUAGACAAAACAAAGUUUGUUCUGUAGAGCUUGUAAAACUGCUGGUCUUUGCUUCCCAGCAAUCUCUCUCUAUAGGUUUAUUGGUGUUGGAUUCUACACAAUUUUCACAAGCGAAAAGCCAAGCCGGUGAAUUCAACAAAUGCUGGUUCUCAGAGUAACUCGUCAUGGAAAUUCGGCAAGCAUCACUUGAUUUGAGGUACUCUUUUUUCUUUCAUGGUGCUCAGGGUUUAACAUUUGUUGACGGUUCUCGGGAGUUUGCAAGUAGUAGUAGAUAUAACUUGAAGGGAGACGCAGAAAUUUUACACAGAGAUUAAUCUUCUUUACUGAAUGGAUGUGUAAUUCUGCUCAGAACACGGGUGUCAUGUUUUUGUUUACAAGAACUGAUGAACAACUACUGUAAAGAGGAAUACUCAAGGGCCAGAAUGUGGGUUUUCAAGUUUUCACCAUGAAUACAAUUGGGGAAAUGGUUGUGCUUACUUCCCCUUUCUUUACCUCGAGCUAGCAACGAAGACUAUGGUUACGCAUUACUUUUUCUACGUUGAGUGAGUAAAGACCUCCAGAACCCAGUUCAGCCAUCAGCUCCCACUGUAUCAUCAAAAUCCACAUGAAACAUGGAUAUGCCAAGGUGAUCGGCAGGACGAUCCCUCCUACCAGUCCGGCAAAGCUUGGCAGGAAUGGGAGAGCCACCGUGAUGAAGCACAUCAGGCAUCCGAAGAAGAGUCGGAGCACUGACUAAAGCCACCGCAGGCAUGGUUUGUUCAUCUUGCUCGAGAAUCUUAGCUCUAGGUUGUCGAAUGCUGGCAUUUUGUAAGUCUGGAAGGAGCUGAGGCAGUGAUCAGAUAAGCAAACUUGUUGAACCAAGUAUUAACAAUGGCUGUGCUUUUCUUCUACCUUGAGGCAGUUGAUCCACAAACUGGAUUAAUCUCAAUGAACUCCGUAAUUAUAAUUAGUUAC